AUUGGAUUUGCUGCGUGUUUGGAACUCGCCUGAUUAUACCGCUUCCACAUCUGCGCAGCCACCACCAUUCAAUACAUAUUCUCCUCCCCCCUCGUUGUGUCCCUCUUUUCAUACCUACAACUUCAACAACAAACACACAAACACACAAUACAACUUACGCAUCUACAAGAAGAAGAAAAAUAUCUUCUUAUCGACGCCUCUUCGUUAGCUUUGACGUAAGCAGACUGAACAAAGCUACAAACGCCACUUCUAUCCGAGACAUAUACCGACGCCACUGAACAAAGCAAUCAUGUCCGGAUCUCAAUCACCGACUUCUCCUUCUUCCCCUUCGCGGCCCAUCAUGGAACGCCGGGGAUCUUCCCGUUCGCUAUCCUUAGAUCUCACAAGCUUACCGCCGCCGUCUCAACCGACACCUCCCUCCAACACAUUACUUAUCACGAACUUAAACGACACUGAAAUCUUCCGCCCCGACAAUCUACAAACGCUCCGCGAACUCAUCUCGGGUACAGCGCCCAUAUAUACGUGGUCGCCACUAAAAUCAUUCCGCCGCAUAGUCGUAUCUUUCUUUGACGAGGAGGCUGCUAUUCGAGUACGAUCAGUAUGGGAUGGUGAAGCAAUUAUGGGUGAGCGGUGUCGUGUCUACUUUGGCCAGCCUACGCCUCUAGAUCUACACAAGGACGACACACUUAAGCUACCCGACGCUGGCAAGCUAUUCUUCAUCAGCCCUCCUCCCUCGCCACCCCACGGUUGGGAGAUGAAGUUAGAGGAUGCGCCAAAUAAGCAAGUCCACGCCGAAGACUUAGCUGAUGCUUUAGCGAAAUUACGCCAUCAAGCUGCCCCCGCCGAUGUUUCUCCCGUGUCACCGGCGGAGUCUGGAAGCACAACCUUCAGAACCAGAAGCAGGAGUAGCACUUUAAUCUACCAACCCCAAGAGCACGGUGGUAGCCCGAAUCUACCUGCGAUCUCGGUCGACGAUAUGACGGACGAGCCCGUUUCAUUAAGCCCCACUGGGAACGCAAGCCCGGGCCCUAUCAAGGCGCAUACAGCACGGCCGCCCGUCGAACUUAUGGGAUAGGGAUUCUUUACUUGGAGAAUUAUAGACUGCAGGGGUGAAUUUACAAAAAGUGCAUUUUCUUCUACUUUCAAGAUAGUACGGCGUUACGGAGAGGGUUUUUCAUUGGUCCAUGGAUUUUGAGGUCUGGGUUGAGAUACCUAUUCGCCACAUUAUAGCAUUAUCCGUGGGCAUUGAGACACGAGCACAUGAGCAUGUGCAAAGGGGUAGAUUGGAUCGGGAUUCGUUUUUCAUUGCAUCAUAACACCGAAAUACCAGAAGUGCCGAGGGGAUGGGAUGAAGAAAUGGAGAGCUGGAGAGCAUCCACAUUCGUCUUGUACAAUAUUCAUCAGAGCUCGAAAAGUUCGCUUAAUACCAAAUACUAAAAUGAAUUGUACAAAAAG